GCAUUCCCCCUUCCGUCCGCUGCAUCCCUAUUCCCUCCACGAGUCCACGUGCGUUCUGACUGUCUCUCUCGCCCCCCCUCUCGCUCUCAGAGGAGAGACUCAGACGACUGGUGGGCCGUCGCCGCCGCCGCCCAGAGCCAGGCGCUGAGGCUUUCGUUGGUCUUUUCGCCGGCGACGAGCAACCCCCCAGAUGUUGUCAAAUACACAGGAUGACAGGACCUUCUAGCACACAGCGAUUUCCUGUGAGGUUUUCUUAACGUGUACAAAGUUUCUAGUGGGGUUGUGUGACCCCACAGGACCCAAAACAGGUAGCUGCCAUCAAGGAUGGAAGGUCUCUCCAUCGAUCCCAAGUGGCUUAUUGACCCGAAGCUUCUCUUUGUUGGGCCACGCAUCGGCGAGGGCGCUCAUGCAAAGGUCUACGAGGGAAAGUAUAAGAACCAAAGUGUUGCUAUCAAGAUUGUGCACAAAGGGGACACCCCUGAGGAGAUGACCAAGAGGGAGGGGAGAUUCUUGAGAGAGGUGACCAUGCUGUCGAGCGUGCAGCACAAGAACCUCGUCAAGUUUAUAGGGGCUUGCCUAGAACCUGUCAUGGUGGUGGUGACAGAGCUACUAGUGGGGGGCUCGUUGCGCAAGUAUUUGGUCAGUCUCCGACCUAGGAGCCUUGAGACUCAUGUAGCAGUGGGGUUUGCAUUGGACAUUGCCCGAGCUAUGGAAUGCUUGCAUGCACAUGGGAUCAUUCAUCGUGAUCUUAAGCCUGAGAAUUUGUUGCUGACUGCAGACCAGAGAACAGUAAAACUUGUUGAUCUUGGUUUGGCUAGGGAAGAAACAUUAACAGAGAUGAUGACUGCUGAGACAGGAACAUACCGCUGGAUGGCUCCAGAGUUGUAUAGCACAGUAACAUUGAGGCAAGGAGAAAAGAAGCAUUACAACCACAAAGUAGAUGUCUAUAGCUUUGCAAUUGUGUUGUGGGAACUCCUUCACAAUAAGCUGCCCUUUGAGGGAAUGUCUAAUCUUCAAGCUGCGUACGCUGCUGCUUUCAAGAAUAUCAGACCAAGUGCUGAUAACUUGCCCGAGGAGUUGUCAGAAAUCCUAACAUCCUGCUGGAAGGAAGACCCAAACAACAGACCAAACUUCACACAGAUAGUCCAAAUGCUCCUACAUUACCUAUCCACCCUUUCGCCACAAGAAACCUUGGCCCCUCACCGCACAUUCAGUUCGGAGAACACAAUCCUUCCUCCAGAAUCUCCUGGGACGAGCUCACUAAUGGCUUCUCGGGGUGACCUCGGUGAGACACCGAAGGGCAAGAUGGAAGACAAGCCAAGGGGCUUCUUUUUCUGCUUCAGUGAGUGCUAUUAGCACAGCCCCAAAGGGAACUCUGAGAAGUUGCAAAUACUGAAUGAACAUCGUCCCCUGAUGCCCUGUGACUCUACCAUGGUCAGUCGAUCAAGUCUCGGCAUCCAUAGUCCAUACCCUGAAGAAUGGAAGUGUAGUUGAACUGUUGUUUCUGCUAAUCAGGUCUCCUGCAUCACUGACAUGUUGACAUAUCAGCAGGGUAAAACGGGUAACCUUUUGACUCCAGAUAGUAAUGAUGGAAAUAGCUUAUCCCUGUAUUUUCGGCGCACCAUGUAUUGAGUUACUAAGAGUGCGACUAUAGAUUUCCACCUGUCUUGCCUGCCAUCGUAUAGAAAUAAAUCAAUAAUUCACAUUUAUUGGUUUGUCUGCUGCAAAGGAUACUGGAAGCUGUCAGUUCUGUGGAGCACUUUGUGUUCUUGUUCUGGCAGUGGUUUGUGUUCUUGGAGGACAAGACAUAGGACUUUAGGCUGCAAGAUUUGUGUAGGAGAAACUGUUGAAGCAAUGUGUUUGUGUUGCAGCACUGCAGCAGCAGCAGCCGCUCCAGCAAUUAUUUUAUGCACAUAAUUUAUUUAUAUAAGUU